AUGGCGGAUGACAAGGAGAAUCAACCGCGCCGGACACUUUAUCCGAACGAGAGCACAAAGCUGUUCGGAGAGGGUCAUGAUGUGAGAGAAUGUCAAUCCAACGGAGACGCCUCGUCAGAAACUUGGGUAGACGGCUGCAGUGACGCUAUUCGGGUCGUGCUGCGUGUGCGCCCGCUGACGCCGGCGGAGCAUGAGCGCUCCCAGAGAACCUGCCUCGAACUGGACUCGGCAACAAACUCAGUUUUAAUAGGAACGAAUAACGACCUACGUCGAUUCACCUAUGAUCAUGUGGCGUCGCCCGAAGUUGACCAGGCACAGAUGUUCUAUCUUGUCGGUCGGCCGAUCGCCGACAGCGCUCUUGACGGCUAUAACGGUACAGUUUUCGCUUAUGGUCAGACAGGGAGCGGCAAAACGUAUACAAUGCAAGGAGAUGUCUACACGAACAAGGAAUCCGAAGAAAAGGACAACCGGGGGCUCAUGCCACGGCUGUUCGAAUACAUUUUUGCGCAGAUCGCCCGCCGGGAACGAGAGCACUCUGCAACGCGGUACCUCGUCAGGUGCUCCUACCUCGAAGUAUAUAACGAGGUUGUCACAGACUUGCUGGAUCCUCUGUCUACAAAUCUGGCCAUUAGGGAGGACUUUCGCAACGGCGUCUCUGUGGAAGGCCUCUCCGAGGAACUCGUGUCCAACGCGGACGACUGCUUGCACGUUCUCGAGCGAGGUCUCUCCAACCGCCAUAUUGGAAGCACGUCGAUGAAUAGGGAGUCCUCACGCUCGCAUUCGGUGUUCAUCAUGGUUAUCGAGAGCGAGACGACGAAUGAAACACGUGUAACGACUCGGCGCCGAUCCCGUCUGAAUCUUGUUGACCUUGCAGGCAGUGAGCGUCAAAAGCUUGCCAGAACCUCUGGACAAACGCUCCGGGAAGCCGGCAAUAUCAACAAGUCUCUCUCUGCGCUGGGAAACGUUAUUAAUGCACUCGUCGAUAUCGCGAACGGCAAGGAGCGCCACAUUCAUUAUCGCGACUCGAAGCUUACGUUUCUGCUCAAAGAUUCUCUGGGCGGCAACACGAAAACGACCAUGAUCGCAACGGUCUCUCCUAGUGAGCAGAAUUUCGCGGAAACACUGAGCACGCUCAAGUUCGCGCAGCGCGCGAAAUACAUCAAGAACAAAGUUGUGGUGAAUGAGCACCUCUCCAGCAACAACAUUGCUGCCCUGCAGGCAGAGAUCACUCGACUUCGGCAACUAGUUACUUCCGCUGGCAUUCCAGUAGACGCAGACGUCUCCAAAGUUGGCUGGAUUGUUGCACGGCAAAGCGUGCCAGGCAUAGACUGUGAGAAAAUGCACCUACAGAGAAUCGGCGAUCUCGAGCGUCUCCUCCUUGAGGCCCUCGAUCGUGCUCGCUAUCACCAGGAGCAAUACCAGGCACUAGAGCGACAGAACGAAGCUCUCAACACAGCGUGCCGCAAGCGAGACAAAGUUUUGCAGCAAAACAAGAUGAUCCUUCGAUUGCGAGAUGCCGCACUGGAACGUGUACGCAGUAGCGGCGAGGUCUAUCCAACGUCAGAGGAGCUCCUGAAAGAAAUUGAGAUUCUCCGCGAACAGAUUGAGCACCACCCUCAAGUAACGAGCUAUGCUGUGGAAAAUAUGCGUCUGCAGGAGCGAAUUCGCGUGCUAGAGAGCCUGGUGCCCGCAGAUCAAGAUCAAAGUGCUUUCGUCAAGCUGGAGCGCUUCGUGGAGCAGCUACGAAUAGCAUAUCAGGCGUGCUGCGAAGAAAAGAAUUCACUGCACAAGAAAUUGCACGAGCUCGUGUACGCUGAACUGGAGCCUCUUGAUCAAGCGGAGAAAACACACAAUCGCUUUAUCGCCUUGGAACUGUACAAAUGGCGGGAGAAGGAACGUUUCGAACAGCAAGUCGAGGAAGCUCGUUCGGAAUGCCGUCAGGCGAUGCUCAAGUACGAGCACGCACAACGUGAGUUGGAGACGCUUCGAACGAAAUUCAAACAGGUAGAACAAGCAUACGAGGAGAAGAGAGCAGCAUGCGUGGAGAUGGAAACGGCGCUCUCCACGCUCCGUCUUCAACACGACAAACAAACGGACAUCGAGCAGAAAAUACUCAUUUUAAGUGAUGAGUUGCGGGAAUCCCGUGAGCGGUGCCAGAGUCUAGAGACGGAUGCCGCGGCGCUCGAGCAAGAGUGCGAUCGCCUGCGUGCAGUGUUGAAUGACACCAAGGACCGUCUGCAGCACACUGAGACGGAGAAAGAAGCUCUGGAGCAGCAGCGAAAUCAGCUCGAGAAGCGCCUUGAGCAACUUGAAAAAGAUGGCCAGCACAUGCGUCAGGAAGCUGCGGAACGCGCGCAAGCCAUGGAGGCUGCACAUAACGCCGCGCUCACCGAUCUGGAGAGCCGUCUCGCGAACGUCCAGAUGGAGCUCGAGUCGCAACUGGAACGGAACUGUGCGCUCCAAGAUCAAAUCGACCAACUGCAGUCCGAGACAGAUUAUCACCGAGGUCGAUAUCAGGAAGCCCAGCGAGAGCUCGCCAACGCGCAAGAACAAGUCAAGGGUCUGGAGAGCAAAUUGGCUCAAAGCAACGCCACCGUUGAGGAGUUGCGCGCCUCCCAAUGCCAACAGGCGGCGAGCCACGACGAGCAAUUGCGGAGCGCUUUGCGUCAACAGAGGAGUGCUGAAACCGCGCUGCAGCAAGAGCGCGAAACGCUUCACCGAUUACAGAGCGAUCAUGAACAACUCCUUGCGCGACACGAAACCAUUCAACAGGAACUUCGUGAGAGUAGAGACAUGAUCCAGCGACUGCGCGUGGGCAUGCAAGCUGCACAGCACGAGGCGCACGCUCAGCAGGAAGCGCGGCUCGCACUCGAACGUCGCGUGACAGACUUGGAGCAGGAGCGAGCCCAGGGCUGCGAGCGCGUGGCGACGCUCGAGCAGGACCUCACCAGUGUGCGUCAACGUGCUGAUGAAGCUUCCACAGAGGCUGCGGCUCGCAUCAGCGAGCUCAUUCAGGAACUCGAGCGCAAGCACUCGGCGCUGACCCGCGCCCAGCUCGCUCUAGCAGAAACCGUCGCCAAAGCCGACCUCGAGCGCAAGCAGCUAGCUGACGAGCAUGCGGAACGCCUCAGGGCUCGCGAUCGACUGCUAGCCCAGUCUGAGGUAGAGACUGCAAAGUUGCGCCAGGGAAUUGAGAACUUACAGGCUUCUGUUGCCGAAUAUCGCAACGAACAACGUGAACUGCAUCGCCUUGCAGCCCAGGAGCGGCAGCAGCGCAAAAUGCUCGAAGAUGACUGGGAGAAACAACGGCGUCAGUACGCGAGAGAUAUGGAUGCACUCCGGAAGCGCCUCGAGGCGGCCGAAAGCGAAACGCGAAUGCGCUGCGAUGCCCAAGCUGACGCUCAGCGAGAGAUCGCUUGCAUUCGUCAACAAGCGGAAGCCUACCAACAGAAAUUGGCGCAUGCCGAAAAGCAUCGCGCUCAACUCGAAAAUCGACUCGUCAUGCUCGAGCGAGAUAAGCAGCGACUUGUCGCCGAGAACCGCCACGCCAAUGAGGCUUUGAUUCGCGCACAAGCCCAGUUCGAAGCACUCGAGCGCGAGCACAGGCAGACCAGUGAAGCGCUCGAAAAGGAACGAGUAGCGCUCGCGAGCCUUCAGACCGAAUUCGAACAGCUCCAGAUCAUGUGCGAACGCCUGGAGGAGGAGAAUACCAAGCUUGGUGGACACCACAAUUUGCGUCAGCGCAUUCAUCAUCAUAUUCGAGUCAAGGAGGAGAACGCGGUGCUUCGCAAAGAGCGCGACCGCAUCGCUGCUGAGCUCGAUGCCUGCAGAGCUCGUCUUGCCGAACUAGAGAACGCACCCGGCACCAGCUAG